ACAUUAUCCCACCGCUAUGUUCACGUUCCACCCCACAAGUCCACAACCACUUUUUGAAACAUCAAUCUGACCGUUACUCUCUCUCUCCUCAAAACUUCCCCUGCAUUUUGCUGGUUUACUUCACUUCUAACUCUUUCUGCUUCAGUUCUGCUCAAUCCAUCUCCAUCUUCAUCUUCCUCAUCCACCUCCUUUUUCUGGGCUCGAUUCGACAAAAAUGUCGGUGGCCUAUGCUUUCAACAAAGAAGACAUGGCAGUGGAUCAAAGCCUUGGUUAUCCAAGAGCAUACGCCAAGCUUUGUAAAGAUACAAGUAUUAGUCCUUUUUGUCAUGGACCUCCUUUCACUUUCACUCCCUAUACUUUACAUUCCCAAGAGGCAUCAAGAGCAGAGGAAUUAGAUGAACUGUUCCCUAUAAUCAACUCACAAGCAAAACCAACAGCCAACUACAGAAUCUUUAUCAGUAUAAUAUGGAAACAACUCAACCACCUUGGAAAUGCUGGUUUUGAUCCUGCAAUGUUUCGUGUUGAUCCUUAUGGCAAUGUCCUCUACCUUCAUGCUGAUGCGGCCUCUCCACUCGCUUGGGAUAUCGAUCACUGGUUUCCUUGUUCAAGAGGAGGAUUGACUGUACCAAGCAAUUUACGGAUACUUCAAUGGCAAGUGAGAAAGAGGAAGAACAACCAGCUUGAGUUUUUAGUUCCUUGGUGGGAUUUGCAAUUAGGCAUCUCUAUUAACCAAUUUGUAUCCUUCUUUGCUGCUUCGAAUUCCGAUUUCAGGCAUAGGGCAUUUAGAUUGCUAUUUGCAGCAGGGGAAGGUGAAGAACUGAAUGAUUUACAAAAUGCAGACUCACAUAAUUUCCCUCAACCUUUUAUGGAGUCCAAACAGCAACUAGGCCUAGCACCUGCUGCUGUUGUUCGAGCUCGAAAAGAACUCAAUGAAGCAUCGUCUUCAACCUUGAGAUCACUGGAUAUCAAUAGACAAAACCGACCUACUACUCCUAUGAUAGCUUCUUCAAGAAAGUUCAAAAAUGGUGGAUCAAAGGAAAAUGAGAUGCCUGACAUGGUAACUAACCCGUAUCAAGCUUUAGUUAUGGCGAGAGAUUCGUUGAAGAGGAGAGAAGAGACGAAUAAGAUGAAGGCAGAAAUUCAAAGGCUUGAUGAUGAAGUGAAUGAAUUGAAGUUAAAGAAUGAAGAAGAAAAGAUGACAAUUCAAGAACUUGAAUUGGCAUUGUUGAAACGAAGAAGAAGGGCUGAGAAAUGUCGUAGGGUGGCUGAGGCUCAAUCUUCUUACAGAACUAUGCUGGAGAAGAUGAUCAGAAAUGCCAUGCACCAGAGUGUGGUUUACAAAGAACAGGUGACAUUAAACCAGGCUGCAACAAACACUCUGAUGGCAAGGCUUGAAGCGCAGAUGGCGAUAUGCAACUCGGCUGAGAAACAGCUUGCGAAAAAGUACAAGCAAAGGGAUGAACUCGAGAAACAAAUAAUGCCAGAGUGGGAACAAGCAAGGAAACGAUCAAGAACAGACCUUGGUGAUGCUGCUUUUGCAGAAGAGAAAGAAGAAGAAGAAGAUCGAACAGUGAUCUACUUGCCAAAAAUAGAGGCUGCUAUUAAACCAACAACAACAACACCACCUUUACACAAGGAAUUAAGGAAAUUUCUAGAAGAAGAACACACCUUAUCAGAAGAAGCCCUUCUGUUAAUUGAAGACAAAAAGGGAGAAGAGCUACCAAAACUUACAUUAGGCCCGGAGAUAGGUUCGGAGUUCGAUGUCAAUUUUCCAUUUGCUCGAGAAGAAGAAGGGGAACAAGAUGAGGAAUUGAGGAAGGAAAGAGGGAAAGGUAAUGUUGAGAAAUGGUUACAUUUGCUGCUAGAAAGAACAGAAGGUGCAAAUGCAGAUAACUUCAAUUCUUGCAUUUCUGAAAAAGCUGAAGAACCUGAAAAUAGUAGUAAAAAUACUGAUGAAAUCAUCAAAAAGCUCAAUGAAAAGUACCCACAAAAGGAGAUUAAAGUCCUGAAAUUUCCAGUUUCUGAUGAAACCAGGAAACAGAGGUCAAUGAGCACUCCUAGAAGACCCAUUUCACACGACCCAAUUCACGAGAAACAGAGUGAAGAAACUGAAGCAAAAAAAAACAGAGCAAUAAGUACACCAAGAAGAUUAUCAAUUUCAUCAUACCAGACUGAAAUUACUGGAAAAGGGAGCGAAUUAGCAAAGAAGAGUUUAGGAGAAAGGAGAUCGAUUUCAUGUGAGACUGAAAUUACUGGAAAAGGAAAUGAAGUAAGGAAGAGCAGUUUUGGAGGAGGGAAAGAGAAAGGAAUUGCAAGAACAGAGAGUGCAAGGUUUUUUAGGCAAAUCCCAACUUCUCCAUCAAAGAUAUUGAAUAUGAAAAGAGGGGUUGAUUGUAUAAGGAAGAAGCCACUGGUUAUUGAUGAUGAUGUUGAUGAAGAUGGUCAUUGUUAUGGAGAUGAGAAUCAUUCAGUUGGGAAUAACUUCCUUAAAUCAUCUAUGAAGUCUAUCAAGAAGGCUGUCAAGAUUUAAGGUGUAAAUUUGAGAUUUUUUUUUUUUUUUGUCAUGUAUUGUUGAUUACAACUUUUUUUUUUCUUUUUUCUUUUCUGUUUUGAGGUUGAUAUUCAUUUGUGUGAAUGUAAUUUUUUUUAUCAGUUAGUUUUUUCAGACUGAUAUAUAGAAUAACAGCUUGUUGUUAGUAAGCAUGCAUAAACUUCAUGUAAGGUAAUAUUACUUUGCUUCUGAUUGACGUACAAGUUCUUCCGCCUUUUCACAA